AUGGUAGCGUGGCAUUUCCUCAAACAGCUAACCUUCACUCUUGGCUCUCCUUCACCCAUCGCCACUACCCUCUCUCGCUGCUUCAUACGCUCGUCCCCUUCCGCUCUCACAUCAUUUUCCUUUCCUUCCAAUCAUAUCAAACUUAGUUACCCAUGGCUUCUUCCCCAUAUCCAUAUCAAUGUUCAUGUUGCAAGUGCUAAUGCAAAGUUUUCCACUUCUUCUUCUGCCCCUCUAGCAGACAAGUCCCAGGCUGCACAUGUACCUGUACCUGCACAUGCUCCUUAUCUUUAGGUUCUGGUUCAUUGUCCUAAAGAUUCUGCUGAUGUGCUUGCAGAAGCUCUUCUAUGCUUCGGUGCUAGUUCUGUUAGCGUGGAUCAAGAUGGUUUCGGACAAAAUACUGAUGAGAUUUGCAUUAGUUCCAUCUUUCCUGAAGAUGAGGAUAUAACUUUGAGCAUUUCGCAUGCAGCUGAUUCUAUUGGUUUGAAGGAGAUACCAAGAUAUGAAGUUAAAAGUAACGAGGAAGACUGGAUGAAGAGAGCUCGGGAAUCAUUCCAUCCUGUUGAAGUUACUAAAGGCCUGUGGGUGGUGCCCGAGUGGAGUACUCCACCUGAUGUUCAAGCAACAAAUAUAAUUCUCGAUCCUGGACUAGCCUUUGGAACUGGGGAGCAUGCCAGUACCAAACUCUGUCUUUUACUCUUACAUGGUUGUAUAAAAGGAGGAGAAUACGUGCUGGACUAUGGCACGGGCACUGGAAUUCUUGCAAUUGCAGCACUUAAGUUUGGUGCUGCCUUUGCUGUUGGAGUUGAUGUAGAUUCACAAGCAAUUGCAUCAGCAUCUCAAAAUGCUGCCCUGAACAAUAUUGGACCAGACAAAAUGCAACUGCAUCUGAUUGCUAGCAAAACCUCUUUAUCCUCCGGGGAUGACCAGAGAGAAAACACCUGUGAGAUACAAACUGUUACUGACCAGGAUAAGUACGACGUGGUCAUUGCAAAUAUACUCUUAAAUCCUUUAUUAGAUCUUGCUGAUGAAAUUAUCUCUUGUGCAAAGCCUGGAGCAGUUAUUGGUCUCUCUGGUGUAUUAUCUGAGCAGGUCCAGUACAUCAUGAAAAGAUAUUCACCAUUCUUAGAAGGCAUACAAGUUUCCAAAAUGGAUGACUGGGCCUGCGUGAGUGGCAGAAAAAGUAGGAAUUUGAAUGUCUGCUGACUCAUUUAUAUUAAGUGAUCAUUUUGGAGGUUUGGUAUUCCCAGCCAACUUCUGAAUGCAGCUUCAUGCCACCUAGUAUAUUUUAUGCAAUAUUUUUAUUUUUAUUUUUCGAUCGGUUUAUUGAUUACUCGACUUGUCUGGUCGAGCAGGUAGAAUCACAAU